UCUCAAGUGCACUAACACGAAUGAGGCGUUCACUGACAACGGUGCCCUCCGUCCUCUCAUCCUCGUUGUAAACAGGCGGAGCUACAGAGCGAGGAGAUGCAAGCGAGAGAGAGCCGUGAGGAGGAAGCACAGACACAGAUGACAGGAAACCACAGAGUCCGGUCUACAGCUUCCGAACUCAUUUCACAGACGGAACAAAGGGCGGACAUUGCAUUUGAACAAAGGUUUAACUUCAUAUCAGAGGAAACAAUCCGCACGACCCCAGUGACCCUGAAGUAAACACUUCUCUGGCAGAUGGAGAAACAGGCCGGAGCUGCCGGGGAUGGGGUUGGAUCAGGCCCGAACAGAAAGCCGUGGGGCUCGCCGACCUGCGGACCAGCCGCCGCUGAGACCGUGGAUAGUCCAACAGGUUCUCAUGUAGAGUGGUGUAAACAGCUGAUAGCGGCCACCAUCUCCAGUCAGAUCUCAGGAUCAGUCCCACCUGACAUCGUGAACAGGGACAACAAGGCUGGGAGAAGAGCAGAUUUUAUGGUGUCCAAGAGGCUGAAUCCCAGGCAAGAUUCACAGGAUGAAGGGCUUUGUUACCAUGGAGAAAGUGAUUCUGAGCAUCCUUCCAAUGCUUUGAACCUUUCAGCUCUGAGAUACGGGGCACAGGUCAGAAUGUUCCAGAACCAGGUUCCCCUGCUUCCAGGAGAGACCAUGCAGACUUCAGUCAAGGACGUGAUGUAUAUCUGUCCGUUCAGCGGUCUGGUUAAUGGAACCCUGACCAUCACAGACUAUAAACUGUAUUUCACCAGUGUGGAAAGGGAGUCUCCGUUCAUUCUUGAUGUCAACCUGGGAGUCAUCAGCAGACUGGAGACCAUCAGUGUUCACAACCAGGGAGAGAACACUAAAGGACUGGAACUGGUCUGCAAGGACAUGAGGAGUCCCAGGUUUGCUUAUAAAACAGAGGAAAACCAUCCGGACGUGGUGGAGGUGCUGGCCAAGCAUGCCUUCCCCCUGUCUCACAGCCUGCCUCUGUUUGCCUUCCUGUACAAGGAGCAGUUUCCUGUGGAUGGCUGGAAAGUGUACGACCCGACUGCAGAGUACAGACGGCAGGGUCUCCCUAAUGAAAGCUGGACCAUCAGUAAGAUAAACAGCUCCUACGAGCUGUGUGACACCUAUCCCUCCAUCCUGGUCAUCCCCACCAACAUCACAGAUGAAGAUAUCAAACGAGUGGCUGUGUUUAGAGCCAAGCACCGCAUACCGGUCUUGUCCUGGAUUCACCCAGAGUCUCAGGCCACCAUUGUACGCUGCAGCCAGCCAUUAGUCGGACCUUCAGACCGUCGCUGUAAAGAGGAUGAACGCUUCCUCCAGAUCAUCAUGGAUGCCAACGCCCAGUCCCACAAGCUCACCAUUUUUGAUGCCCGGCAGAGCAGUGUAGCUGUCACCAACAAGGCAAAGGAUGGCGGGUAUGAAAGUGAGAGUUUCUACCCAAACGUGGAGCUGAACUUCCUGGAAAUCCCCAAUAUCCACGUGAUGAGGGAGUCUCUGAGGAAGAUGAAGGAUGUGGUUUAUCCUACGAUAGAUGAAGCCCACUGGCACUCUGCUAUUGACCAGACACACUGGCUGGAGUACAUACGGCUGUUAUUAGCAGGAGCAGCAAAGAUAGCCGAUAAGCUGGAAUCUGGAAAGACGUCAGUGGUGGUUCACUGCAGUGACGGCUGGGACAGAACCGCCCAGCUCACCUCUCUGGCCAUGUUGAUGCUGGACAGUCACUACCGCACUCUCAGAGGAUUCCAGGUUCUGAUGGAGAAGGAGUGGAUCAGUUUUGGACAUAAGUUUGCUGCUCGUGUGGGCCAUGGUGAUGAGAACCACGCUAACUCAGAGCGCUCGCCUCUCUUCGUCCAGUUCAUCGACUGUGUUUGGCAGAUGACUCGACAGUUCCCAGCAGCCUUUGAGUUCAACGAGCUGUUCCUCAUCACUGUGCUGGACCACCUCUACAGCUGUCUGUUUGGUACAUUCCUGUAUAACAGUGAGCAGGAGAGGUCAGCCAAGGAGGUGCAGAUCAAGACGGUGUCCCUGUGGUCCUACAUUAACAGCCAACCUGAAGACUUCACCAAUCCCUUCUACGUGGACUACGAGCACCAUGUUCUAUAUCCACUGGUUUCCUCCAGACAUCUGGAGCUGUGGAGCAGUUACUACGCCCGCUGGAACCCACACAUGAGACCACAGGUGCCGGUGCACCAGACGCUGAAGGAGCUGCUGAUCCUCAGAGCAGAGCUCCAGAGGAGGGUGGAGGAGCUGCAGAGAGAGGCCUCCUCCCACUCCCUGUCCUCCUCAUCUGAACACUCCCACUCCCCCACACACACCCCAGGGACUCCACUGCACACUGCUGUCUGACACACACACAUGAGAAACACCCUUACACAUCACUAUCUGCCACACACACACAUGUGCACACACACACGUGCACACUCACACACAGUUAAAUGCAUGCAGUUACUCCACAUAGUGAGGUUAACAGUUUACAGUUUUAUAUUAACGUUCCUAAAUUUUAGCAAAUGAAAGUAUUUAAAGAAAGUAUUUCAAAGUAUCUGUCUGUGAACUAACUCGACCUCUUCUUCUUAUUUAUAUUAUUUAAACAAUGAGAAAAGCCAGUUCAUCAACUUCCUCCAAUUUUAUUUAGUGUUUUUAUUUUUCUAUGAAGAAUUGCUCCCAUGUGUCUCAGGGCUCUUAUUGGUGUGACUGCAGAAGGCUGCCAGUGACAUGUUACGGACGACUGCAGUGACCUGGAGUGUUGAAAUAAAACAACUGCGUCUUGUACACACACUCUCUCUCUCACUUUAUCUUCUGCAUCAGAUUAGAAACCUUUAGAGUCCAAAUCAUGAACCUGUUCCUCUUCAUCAUGCAUACACACACACUCUGUCACUGUUCCUCUGUGUGUAUGUGUAUGUGUCGUUGCUGACCACUUUGUUUUUACUGUAGUAAAACCACUUGAAUUUCUAAUCAGUGUUUUUGUUGUGUGUGUGUAGCUCUAAUCUUUCUGAUGGUGUGUGUGGAUUCAUUGAUUGAAAGGAGCAAGUUUACAAACCAUGUUCACACAUUCAGACAUGUUUAUGAUGGACUGUGACGUCCUCCCUCUUUGACUGGCAGACAGAUACUGUAUAUGUUUAUUGAUAAUCAAAUAACGGUUUCUGAUCAGUAACAAGAAAUUGUUUGGUUGAAAUAUCAAAGAUCUGUGAAGAUAUUAAAAGUUACACAGUUUGAGCAGUGACAGGUGGAAGUUUUCAGCACAUAUCUUGGUCACAGUUUUUUAAUAACCGGAUUCUUAUUGGCCAACAUAUACACUAAUACUGUGUGUGAUAAACUAUACUUAUUAAUAUGAUGACUGUGGUGUUUUAGCACUCCAUGUGGCUGAUGCUCUUUUGUUACCACAAAAAUGAAGUGUUGACUUUUUGUCAACAGGUUCCACAUAUUUCUAUUGAGUUAUUUAAAAUUAAAAAAUGUUGCAAAAAAUUUUUUUUAAAUGUAAUUUUAUCCCUUAACAUAACAUUUUUCAUUUUAAAUAACUAACAAUACAAUUAUGUGGAACCUGUUGACAAAAUAAAUUUGAUUAAAAUCAACAUACACAAAUCUAAAAAUAUGUUAACAUAGAAAAAUAUAAGUGAACCACAUUCACAAAAGUUAUUUUUAGUUCAGACAUCAACAGUGUUAAUACGGUUUUAGAAGAGUGCAUGGACAAUACUGAGAAAAAUCAUGACGGUAUAUUUGUUUUUUAUUACAAUUAUCACAAAAUGAUGAAAUCAAAAGU